GAAGAGGCCGUUGCCCCGAGCGACAACAACGUCCGGUUUUCGGAGUUUGGCGGCGGAAAAGACCAUGAGCAAAGGCCGAGUGGACGCGGCGGCGGGAGCCCCUGGACUCCUACUGAGAUACCUGCAGGAGCAGAACCGCCCCUACAGCGCCCAGGACGUGUUCGGAAACCUGCAGCGGGAGCACGGACUUGGCAAAGCGGCGGUGGUGAAGGCGCUGGAACAGCUGGCCCAACAAGGCAAGAUCAAAGAGAAAAUGUAUGGCAAGCAGAAGAUAUAUUUUGCAGAUCAGGACCAGUUUGACACGGUGAGUGAUGCUGAUCUCCAAGGCCUGGAUGCCAAGCUUGCCACCCUCACUGCUAAGGUGCAGAGUCAGCAGCAGAACUGCCGCCACCUGGAGGCUGAACUGAAAGAGCUGAGUAGUGCCCUGACCACACCGGAGAUGCAGAGAGAGAUCCUCGAGUUACAGAAGGAAUGCGCUGGCUAUACGGAGAGACUGAAGAACAUUAAAGCGGCCACCAACCAUGUGACUCCAGAGGAGAAAGAGCAGGUGUACAGAGAGAAGCAGAAGUACUAUAAAGAGUGGAGGAAGCGGAAGCGAAUGGCAACGGAACUGUGUGAUGCGAUUCUGGAAGGAUACCCCAAGAGCAAGAAGCAGUUUUUCGAGGAAGUUGGGAUAGAGACAGAUGAAGAUUAUAAUGUCAAGCUCCCAGACCCCUGAGAAGGCCC